ACGCUGCCGGUUGACGCAGCUGCAGUGCCGCUGGCCUCCGCUCCUGCCCCGGUUCUGCUCCUCCGCCCCAUGGGCGUCCGAGGCGGCCGGCCCGAGCUGGACCUGCUGCAGGCUGAGGGUGUAGGCAUCAGCGGAGGUCCCGACUAGGGUCUGCCGCGCUGUCAGACUUGUUAAGAUGACGCGCUGCAGAAGGACCUUCAGAAGAGGAACGAUAAACAACAUUGAAGAUUAAAAAACUAAACAAAAUAAAACAAAAAACCUUGUGCCUUUAGAUGUUCUGGAAAAACAUCAGUAAUGGAUCAAAGGAAGAAUGACAGCAUUGUCCCCAGUAUCACUCAAUUAGAAGAUUUCCUUACAGAACACAAUUCCAAUGUUGUUUGGCUUCUUGUUGCUACCAUUUUGUCUUGUGGAUGGAUUAUUUAUCUCACAUACUAUAAUUCUCGGAAUGUUGGUCUUAUUUUAACACUGGUUCUUAACAGAUUGUAUAAACAUGGCUAUAUCCAUAUUGGUUCCUUCUCUUUCUCUGUUCUUUCUGGAAAAGUCAUGGUUCGUGAAAUAUAUUACAUUACAGAAGACAUGUCUAUUAGGAUUCAAGAUGGAUUCAUCAUUUUUCGGUGGUGGAAAAUGUAUAACCCAAAGCAGAAACAACAUGAUCCAAAGGCAGAAACCAGAUUGUAUAUCACAGUUAAUGACUUUGAAUUUCAUGUCUACAAUCGGUCUGAUCUUUAUGGACGUCUUCAAGAGUUGUUUGGUUUGGAACCAACUAUAAUUCCACCCAAGAAAGAUGAUGAUAAAACCCGGGAAAACGGAAGAACAAGAACGCAGUCCAAAAUUGAAAGAGUUAAAGUUAAAACAGAAUCUCAAGACCCCACAUCUUCAUGGAGAUCACUUAUUCCAGUCAUUAAAGUCAACGUGAGCACAGGACGUUUGGCCUUUGGGAAUCAUUAUCAACCUCAGACUCUGUGCAUCAACUUUGAUGAUGCCUUCUUAACUUAUACUACAAAACCACCUUCAAGUCAUCUUGACCAGUUCAUGCACAUUGUGAAAGGAAAGCUUGAAAAUGUUCGAGUCAUGCUUGUUCCUAGUCCUAGAUAUGUUGGCCUACAAAACGAUGAACCCCCAAGACUGAUGGGAGAAGGUUUUGUGGUGAUGCAGUCAAAUGAUGUCGACAUCUACUACUAUAUGGAUGAGCCAGGACUUGUUCCAGAAGAAACAGAAGAGAGUAUAGAAGGAGAAAUAAGCAGUGAAGAUUGCAAAUUACAAGACUUACCUCCAUGCUGGGGACUAGAUAUUGUUUGUGGUAAAGGAACAGAUUUUAAUUAUGGACCCUGGGCUGACAGACAGAGAGAUUGUUUAUGGAAGUUUUUCUUUCCACCUGAUUAUCAAGUUCUGAAAGUUUCUGAGAUUGCACAGCCUGGAAGACCAAGACAAAUCCUUGCAUUUGAACUACGAAUGAAUAUUAUUGCAGAUGCUACCAUUGAUUUGCUAUUUACAAAAAACAGGGAAACAAAUGCUGUGCAUGUAAAUGUAGGGGCUGGCUCAUAUUUAGAAAUUAAUAUUCCAAUGACAGUUGAAGAAAGUGGUUAUACCCCUGCAAUUAAAGGACAACUCUUACAUGUUGAUGCUACUACCAGUAUGCAGUAUCGGACCCUUUUAGAGGCAGAAAUGUUGGCAUUUCACAUCAAUGCCAGCUACCCCAGAAUUUGGAACAUGCCACAGACAUGGCAGUGUGAGUUGGAGGUUUAUAAAGCCACAUACCACUUCAUCUUUGCCCAGAAAAACUUCUUUACAGAUCUAAUUCAAGACUGGUCUAGUGAUAAUGCUCCAGACAUUUUCUCAUUUGUUCCAUACACAUGGAAUUUUAAAAUCAUGUUUCAUCAGUUUGAAAUGAUUUGGGCUGCCAAUCAACAUAACUGGAUUGACUGUUCCACUAAACAACAGGAAAACGUGUAUCUGGCAGCCUGUGGGGAAACACUGAACAUUGACUUUUCUUUGCCUUUCACGGACUUCGUUCCAGCAACAUGCAAUACUAGAUUCUCCUUAAGAGGAGAAGAUGUUGAUCUUCAUUUAUUUCUACCAGAUUGCCACCCUAGCAAAUACUCAUUAUUUAUGCUGGUAAAGAAUUGUCACCCAAAUAAGAUGGCUUCUGAAGCUGGUAUCCCUGCCGAGUGUCAGAGUGGCCAGAAGACAGUUAAGCCAAAGUGGCGCAACGUCACCCAGGAAAAGGCUGGUUGGGUUGAGUGCUGGACUGUCCCAAGUGUCAUGCUUACCAUUGAUUACACCUGGCAUCCAAUUUAUCCACAAAAAGCAGAUGAGCAGCUAAAACAGUCAUUGUCAGAAAUGGAAGAAACAAUGCUAUCUGUAUUAAGGCCAGCCCAGAAGCCAUCAGAGAGAGUUGUUUCUUCACCAUCCACUUCACCACGCCCUCCUGUUGAUCCUUCAGAACUUCCGCCUGAUAAACUUCAUGUAGAAAUGGAACUGUCCCCAGAUUCUCAGAUAACUCUCUAUGGACCUCUGUUAAAUGCCUUUUUAUGUAUAAAGGAAAACUACUUUGGAGAAGAUGACAUGUACAUGGACUUUGAAGAGGUCAUUUCAAGUCCCGUUCUGUCACUGUCAACAUCCUCCAGUUCUGGGUGGACAGCUGUAGGAAUGGACAGUGACAAAAGGGAAAACGAAAGUUCAGCCAAGUCAAUCCAUCCACUCGCUUUGCGGCCCUGGGAUAUUACUGUACUUGUUAAUUUGUAUAAGGUUCAUGGGCGCCUUCCUGUGCAUGGAACGACGGAUGGUCCUGAGUGCCCUGCAGCGUUCUUGGAAAGACUUUGUUUUGAAAUGAAAAAAGGAUUCAGGGAGACCAUGCUGCAGCUUGUCCUGUCACCGCUGAAUGUGUUUGUCAGUGAUAAUUAUCAGCAGCGACCCCCCGCGGAUGAAGUACUCAGGGAAGGUCACAUCAAUUUGUCAGGUCUCCAGCUGAGAGCACACGCCAUGUUUUCAGCUGAAGGUCUUCCCUUAGGAAGUGACUCCUUAGAAUAUGCGUGGCUGAUUGAUGUGCAGGCUGGAAGCCUUACAGCUAAAGUCACCGCACCACAGCUGGCAUGUCUCUUGGAAUGGGGGCAGACAUUUGUUUUCCAUGUGGUAUGUCGGGAGUAUGAACUGGAAAGACCAAAGUCAGUGGUAAUAUGCCAACAUGGAAUUGAUCGCCGAUUCUGUGAAUCCAAGUUGAGUUGUAUUCCCGGGCCUUGUCCAACAUCAGAUGAUUUAAAAUACACCAUGACUCGUUUAGCAGUAGAUGGAGCUGAUAUUUAUAUUGUGGAACAUGGUUGUGCUACAAAUAUAAAGAUGGGUGCAGUUCGAGUUGCAAACUGUAACCUUCACAAUCAGUCAGUUGGGGAAGGAGUAAGUGCUGCAGUCCAGGACUUUGAAGUGAGACAGUACAUCGAGCAGUUAAGUACCUGCAGGACUGGCCUUCAGCCAGCAGUGCUGCGGAGAGCCUACUGGCUGGAAGCUGGGUCAGCCAACUUAGGUCUUAUCACAGUGGAUGUUGCCUUAGCUGCCGAUCACCAUUCUAAACACGAGGCACAAAGACAUUUCUUGGAAACUCACGAUGCGAGAACUAAAAGGUUGUGGUUUUUGUGGCCAGAUGAUACCUUGAAGAAUAAGAGGUGCAGAAACAAGUGUGGCUGUCUUGGUGGCUGCAGAUUCUUUGGUGGCACAGUAACUGGCCUAGAUUUUUUCAAACUUGAAGAGCUGACCCCUUCCAGUAGCUCUGCAUUUUCAAGCACAAGUGCGGAGUCUGACAUGUAUUACGGACAGUCUUUGCUGCAGCCUGGAGAGUGGAUCGUUACUAAAGAAGUCCCCAAAACUGUAGAUGGAAAUGUGAACGGUAUGAAGAGGAAAGAAUGGGAAAACAAGUCAGUGGGAGUAGAAGGAGAGAGGAAGACUCAGCACCUUAGUCUGCAGGUGCCCUUACGGUCUCACAGUUCAUCCUCUUCCUCAGAGGAGAACAGCAGCUCCAGUGCGGCGCAGCCGUUGCUGGCUGGUGAGAAGGAAAGCCCCUCCUCUGUUGCCGACGGCCCCGCGGUUCAGAAAGAAUUCUUAUGUGGUACCAAAAGAGAUGAUGGCCAAGCAAGUAUUCCUACAGAAAUCUCGGGAACCAGUCCUGUGUCUCCUAACACCCAAGAUAAGUCAGUAGGACAGUCUCCUCUCAGAUCUCCUUUGAAGCGGCAAGCCUCUGUGUGCUCCACCCGCCUGGGUAGUACUAAGAGUCUCACUGCUGCUUUUUAUGGAGACAAACAGCCUGUUACAGUUGGAGUCCAGUUCAGUAGUGAUGUCUCUCGGAGUGAUGAGAACGUACUAGACUCACCAAAACAGAGGAGAAGUUUUGGUUCGUUCCCUUACACACCAUCAGCUGACUCUAAUUCAUUCCAUCAGUAUCGGUCAAUGGAUUCCAGCAUGUCAAUGGCUGAUAGUGAAGCCUACUUCUCUGCAGCUGAAGAAUUUGAGCCCAUUAGCAGUGAUGAAGGCCCUGGAACGUAUCCUGGUAGAAAAAAGAAGAAAAAGCAAAUGCAACAGAUCGACUACAGUAGGGGUUCCAUAUAUCACAGUGUAGAAGGGCCCCUUACUGUCCAUGGAGAAGGCAUUACAGAUCCCCGAACUCUCCCAUUCAAAACUCACCCUUCCCAGGCUUCCUUUGUUUCUGCACUGGGUGGUGAAGAUGAAGUCAUAGAACAUCUGUAUAUUGUGGAAGGGGAGAAAACAGGAGAGACUGAGCAGAUCUCGUCUCAGCAGCCUGUGAUGAGCUGCUAUCAGACUUACCUUACUCAGUUUCAGGUAAUCAACUGGUCAGUUAAACAUCCUACCAACAAAAGAACCUCCAAGUCCUCGUUGCAUCGCCCCCUUGACCUAGAUACACCAACCAGUGAAGAAAGUUCCUCAUCAUUUGAACAGCUUUGUGUUCCAACAUUCAAGGUCAUCAAACAAGGACUUACUGCUAAUUCUUUGCUUGAUAGAGGGAUGCAACUUUCAGGAUCAACUUCAAACACACCAUAUACCCCACUGGACAAGAAAAUUGUUGAUAACACAGAUGAUGAAACAUUAACAGAAGAGUGGGCCCUAGAUCAGCCUGUUGCUCAGACCAAGACAACAGCCAUUGUUGAAGUAAAAGGCACUGUUGAUGUUGUUCUGACUCCGCUGGUGGCUGAAGCCUUAGACAGAUAUAUUGAAGCUAUGGUUCACUGUGCGAGCACCCGGCACCCAGCUGCAAUUGUAGAUGAUCUUCACACUAAAGUCCUUAGAGAAGCUGUCCAAAAUAGCAAGACUACCUUCUCAGAAAAUUUAUCCCCCAAGCAAGAUAUUCGAGGAUCAAAAACUGAGCAUCCUAUGAUAGGUACAACUAACCAGGGACAAACUCAGACAAAUGCCACAACGAAGCAGGACAGUGUGACAAUUAAAGGUCUGCAGGCUAAUGUGAGCAUACCAAAGGUUAACUUAUGCUUGUUACAAGCCUCAGUGGAAGAAUCUCCAGCCACAGUUCCUAGUAGAAGUGUGACUCAUGUUUCCCUGGUGGCUUUGUGUUUUGACAGAAUUGCUACACAAGUUCGUAUGAACAGAGGUGUGGUUGAAGAGACUGCAAAUAAUGUAGACGCGAGUAAAACAUCAAAUUUUGAUAGAUAUGUUCAUGCCAGCAAGAUGCAGCCUCAGUCAUCUGGGUCUCUCAGGUCAAAUGCUGGAGCAGAGAGAGGCAAAGAAAUUGCUGCCAAGUUAAAUAUCCAUCGAGUCCACGGGCAACUUAGAGGUCUCGAUACCACAGACAUUGGAACCUGUGCCAUCACCGCCAUCCCCUUUGAAAAGUCCAAAGUAUUAUUUACUCUUGAAGAAUUGGAUGAAUUUACUUUUGUAGAUGAGACAGAUCAACAAGCUAUCCCAGAUGUCACACGGAUAGGUCCCAGUCAAGAAAAAUGGGGCUGGAUAAUGUUUGAAUGUGGACUUGAAAAUUUAACUAUAAAAGGAGGAAGACAAUCUGGUGCAGUUUUAUAUAACAGUUUUGGAAUUAUGGGUAAAACUAAUGUCACAGAAAGGGGUGGUGUGCUGACAUCCAAUAAUUCUUCUGAUUCUCCCACGGGCAGUGGCUACAAUACUGAUGUCUCUGAUGAUAAUCUACCAUGUGACCGAACCAGUCCUUCCUCUGACAUAAAUGGAAAUUCAGUUUCAGAUGAACAGGAUGAAGGAGUUGAAUCUGAUGAUUUGAAGAAAGAUCUACCUCUAAUGCCACCACCUCCAGAUUCAUGUAGCAUGAAGUUGACCAUUAAAGAGAUUUGGUUUAGUUUUGCAGCUCCCACCAAUGUGAGAUCUCCUGCACAUGCAUUUUCUAGGCAGCUGAACCUCUUAAGCACUGCAACCCCUGCUGUUGGUGCAUGGCUGGUUCCUAUUGAUCAACUCAAGUCAUCCUUAAACAAAUUAGAGACUGAGGGGACCUUGCGAAUUUGUGCUGUUAUGGGAUGCAUAAUGACAGAAGCAUUAGAGAAUAAAAGUGUACAUUUUCCUCUAAGAAGUAAAUACAAUAGACUUACAAAAGUUGCUCGCUUUCUCCAAGAAAAUCCUUCUUGUUUAUUAUGUAACAUUCUACACCACUACCUGCACCAAGCAAAUUACUCCAUCAUUGAUGAUGCCACGAUGAGUGAUGGGCUUCCUGCAUUGGUAACUUUAAAGAAAGGUCUAGUUGCUUUGGCAAGGCAGUGGAUGAAGUUCAUUGUGGUAACGCCUGCCUUUAAAGGAGUUAGCCUACACAGACCAGCACAGCCACUGAAACCUCCUGCCACUGUGGACCACGAGCAUGAGGAGGGACUAGGCCUGGAUAAUGGAGGCGGUCUUCAAAGUGAUACUAGUGCUGAUGGCGCAGAAUUUGAGUUUGAUGCAGCCACAGUCAGUGAACAUACAAUGCUUCUAGAAGGAACAGCUAACCGGCCACCACCUGGGGGCUCUGGACCUGUCACUGGAGCGGAAAUAAUGAGGAAGCUUUCUAAAACACACACUCAUAGUGACUCUGCAUUAAAAAUAAAGGGCAUUCAUCCAUAUCAUUCUCUGAGUUACACCAGUGGAGACACUGCUACAGAUUCUCCAGUACACGUUGGACGUGCUGGGAUGCCGAUGAAGGAGAGUCCUAGGAAGGAGAGCCUUCUCAGCUAUCUGACUGGAAGCUUCCCAAGCCUGCACAACCUUCUGGAAGGCACUCCUCAGAGAAGUAGUGCAGCUGUGAAAAGUAGCUCCCUCACAAGAACAGGGAAUACAGUAGCCACUGACAUGCUGUCUGAGCAUCCCUUGUUAUCUGAGCCAUCAUCUGUGAGUUUUUAUAAUUGGAUGUCAAAUGCUGUGGGAAAUCGUGGAAGUGUGGUACAGGAAUCUCCUGUUACAAAGUCAGGACAUAACAGCCUCCCGACAGGAGUUGCACCCAAUCUUCCUACAAUACCCUCAGCCUCAGAUUUCAACACUGUCUUAUCUAGCGAUCAGAAUACUCUGGAUGGGACACAUUCUCAGCACAGUACUAGUCAAGAUGAUGUGGCAGGUGUAGAAGAAGCCAAUCAAGGGUUUCCUGCUGUUCAGCUUGCUGAUGCACAGGUUGUUUUUAAGCCUCUUCUGAGUCACACAGGGAUCCAGUCGCAGGACACCAUGCCCCUCUGUUACCGGAUGUACUUUGGAGAGCACCUUUCAUUUUCAGGAACUUUAGACUGCCUCAGAGCGGACAUUGUAGAUUCAGACACAGCUAAGGACAGAAAAGGCAAAAGAGCAAGAAGGCAAGGGCAUGUGAAUCUUCCCCCACUGGAGUUCAAGCCAGCAUUAAUGCUGGAAACCUUCAGCAUCAGUGCUGUUGUGAUGGAAAAGUCAGUGUGCACUCCACAAAACUCCACCAGUGCCCUUUCCUUUCAUGAUCUCAACAAACGAUAUUACAACACCUUCCAUUGCAACUUCACUAUUUCCUGCCAGUCAAUAAGUCAGCAUGUGGAUAUGGCUCUGGUCCGUCUUAUCCAUCAAUUCAGCACAAUGAUAGAUGACAUCAAGGCAACUCAGACAGACAUUAAACUGAGCAGAUACACAGCUGGGUCCGCUUCCCCUACACCGACCUUCAAAACCAGGAAGCAUCGGGAUUUCCGUUCCUCGGACUUCAGCCGCAGUUCCAGGGGGAGUCUCAACGGUGGCAACAGAGUAAAUAAUGCCAAGAACAAACGGGCCAACAACGAGAACAAUAAAAAAGAAUCCCGAAACAAAAAUUCACUGGGAAGGUCUGAAAGAAGAACUUCAAAAGUAUCCAGGAAAGGCUCUAAAGAUGUGGUGGACCAUAUGACCAUUCAUAUGGAUGACUCGGACUCCAUUACAGUGUCAGAGCAAAGUGAGCCGUCGGCUGAAUGCUGGCAGAAUAUGUAUAAACUGCUUAACUUCUAUUCACUUAUCUCGGAUCCAACUGGGAUAUUGGAAAAAUCCUCAGAAACAUUUGGACCAGCAGGUGUUCGGAGUCCUACAGAGCCAACAUGCAGAGUUGUGUUCGAGAAUGAACAAGACAGCAACAGCUUGACUAAAACACAGAGAAAACGUAGUCUGGUGACCGCUGAACCUCAGCAUGUGACUUUAAUUGUGUUUGGGAUUGGCAUGGUGAACCGCACACACCUAGAGGCAGAUAUUGGUGGGCUGACAAUGGAGUCAGAACUGAAGAGGAUCCAUGGCAGUUUCACCCUCAAGGAAAAAAUGAAAGAUGUUUUACAUCAAAAGAUGACUGAGACGUGUGCUACUGCUCACAUUGGUGGGGUUAAUAUUGUGCUACUUGAAGGGAUCACACCAAAUAUACAAUUGGAGGAUUUUCCUACAUCUCCUACAAGUACAGCCAAACAAGAAUUUCUAACUGUGGUGAAAUGUAGUAUAGCGAAGUCCCAAGCCCUCUACAGUGCCCAGAGAGGACUGAAGACAAACAACGCUGCAGUGUUCAAAGUAGGGGCUAUCAGCAUCAACAUUCCUCAGCACCCUGCUACGUUACACAGCAUGAUGGUUCGAAGUUCUCACCAACUGUCCAAGCAAAUCUCAGACCUUAUCAGGCAGCCUUCCACAGCCCCACAGCCUGUGAAAGAAGAUAUUGCAACCCCACUGCCUUCUGAAAAAACCCCAACCAGUGUUAAUCAGACUCCUAUUGAAACAAAUGAAUUUCCUCAACUGCCAGAAGGCUUAGAGAAGAAGCCUAUCGUUCUCAAGUUCAGCGCCAUGUUAGAUGGCAUAGCCAUUGGAGCAGCACUCUUACCAUCCCUGAAGGCUGAGUACAAGAUGGGGAGAAUGAGAAGCCAUGGAAUGACAGGUGCACAGACAAGGUUUACAUUUGAGUUACCAAAUCACAGAUUACGUUUUACUUCAAAAGUUUCUGCGACAGAUAUGUCAACUAUCCCUCCUUCUGCAAGUCUUAACCUUCCACCUGUUACCAUGUCAGGGAAAUACAUUAUGGAAGAGCAUGAUAGUUACUCAGAUCAAGUGUGGAGUAUAGAUGAGCUGCCUUCUAAACAAGGGUACUAUUUACAAGGGAAUUAUCUACGUUGUGUGGCAGAAGUUGGUUCCUUUGAACACAAUCUCACAACAGAUCUUCUAAACCACUUGGUGUUUGUACAGAAAGUGUUCAUGAAGGAAGUGAAUGAAGUGAUACAGAAGGUGUCUGGUGGGGAGCAGCCUAUUCCUCUGUGGAAUGAACAUGAUGGAACAACAGAUGGAGAUAAGCCGAAAAUUCUCCUCUAUUCCCUGAAUUUACAGUUUAAGGGUAUUCAGGUAACAGCCACCACACCUUCAAUGAGAGCUGUGAGAUUUGAAACUGGACUGAUUGAAUUGGAACUUUCAAACCGACUUCAAACCAAAGCUUCACCAGGAAGCAGCAGCUAUCUGAAGUUAUUUGGUAAAUGCCAAGUGGACUUAAACCUGGCAUUAGGGCAAAUUGUCAAACAUCAGGUUUAUGAAGAAGCUGGUUCUGAUUUUCAUCAAGUUGCCUAUUUUAAAACUAGAAUUGGAUUAAGGAAUGCCCUUCGAGAGGAAAUCAGUGGUUCUUCAGAUAGGGAAGCUGUGCUUAUCACCCUGAACAGACCAAUUGUUUAUGCGCAGCCUGUGGCCUUUGAUAGAGCUGUUCUGUUUUGGCUGAAUUAUAAGGCUGCCUAUGACAACUGGAAUGAACAACGAAUGGCUUUACAUAAGGAUAUUCAUAUGGCUACAAAGGAAGUGGUAGACAUGCUCCCUGGCAUCCAGCAAACAUCAGCCCAGGCCUUUGGGACUCUCUUCCUCCAGCUAACUGUGAAUGAUCUAGGAAUUUGCCUCCCUAUAACAAAUACUGCACAGUCUAACCACACUGGAGACCUGGACACUGGCUCUGCCCUAGUGCUGACCAUCGAAAGUACUCUCAUCACUGCCUGCUCCUCAGAGUCUCUGGUUAGCAAAGGCCAUUUCAAGAACUUUUGUAUCCGUUUUGCUGAUGGCUUUGAGACAUCGUGGGAUGACUGGAAACCAGAAAUCCGUGGAGAUCUAGUAAUGAAUGCUUGUGUGGUUCCAGAUGGUACCUAUGAGGUUUGUUCAAGGACUACAGGACAAGCUGCAGCUGAAAGUAGUAGUGCUGGAACCUGGACACUGAAUGUAUUGUGGAAAAUGUGUGGGAUCGAUGUCCACAUGGACCCCAACAUCGGCAAGAGGCUUAACGCUCUGGGCAACACCCUUACAACACUGACAGGAGAGGAAGACAUAGAUGACAUUGCUGACCUCAAUUCAGUGAACAUAGCUGACCUGUCUGAUGAAGAUGAAGUUGAUACUAUGUCUCCCACCAUCCAUACUGAAGCUGUAGAUUAUCGAAGACAAGGAACAUCUUCUAGUCAGCCAGGAGAACCCAGAGGAAGAAAAAUUAUGAAGCGUUUAGUGGACAUCAGAGAACUGAAUGAACAAGCCAAAGUAAUAGAUGAUCUUAAAAAAUUGGGUGCAAGUGAAGGAACCAUAAACCAGGAAAUCCAGCGUUACCAACAGUUGGAGUCUGUGGCCGUGAAUGACAUCCGAAGAGAUGUCCGUAAGAAGUUGCGGAGGUCCAGUAUGCGAGCUGCUUCCCUCAAGGAUAAGUGGGGUUUAGGUUACAAACCAAGUUACAGCCGAUCAAAGAGCAUUUCAGCUUCUGGAAGACCACCUCUUAAGAGAAUGGAAAGAGCAAGUUCCCGAAUAGGAGAAACUGAUGAGCUUCCGGAAAUCCGUGUGGAUGCAGCCUCUCCUGGGCCCAGAGUAACCUUUAACAUCCAGGAUACAUUUCCAGAGGAGACAGAACUGGAUCUUUUGUCAGUGACCAUUGAAGGCCCAUCACAUUAUUCAUCAAACAGUGAAGGAUCAUGUUCAGUGUUCAGCUCUCCCAAAACCACAGGUGGCUUUUCACCAAGUGUUCCUUUCCAGUCGGAAGAUGGCCGAAGGGAUGACAGUCUGUCUUCUACCAGUGAAGACUCUGAAAAGGAUGAAAAGGAUGAAGACCGUGAGAGGGAAAAAUUUUAUAUUUACAGGAAACCCUCACAUACCUCUCGGAAGAAAGCAACAGGCUUUGCUGCUGUUCAUCAACUGCUCACCGAACGCUGGCCCACAACCCCAGUCAAUCGAAGUCUUAGUGGCACAGCUACUGAGAGAAAUAUUGACUUUGAACUUGAUAUACGAGUUGAAAUUGACAGUGGGAAAUGUGUCCUUCACCCAACCACCCUUCUGCAGGAGCAUGAUGAUAUAAGUUUAAGAAGGAGUUAUGAUAGAAGUUCUAGGAGUUUAGAUCAAGAUUCUCCUUCAAAAAAGAAAAAAUUCCAAACAAAUUAUGCUUCUACCACCCAUUUAAUGACUGGCAAAAAAGUACCCUCCUCUCUACAGACAAAGCCCAGUGACUUAGAAACAACAGUGUUUUACAUUCCUGGAGUUGAUGUAAAGUUGCAUUACAAUUCUAAGACACUAAAGACUGAAUCACCUAAUGCCUCCAGAGGAUCUUCCUUGCCUAGAACUCUCUCCAAAGAGUCCAAGCUGUAUGGUAUGAAAGAUAACGCAGCACCUCCUUCUUCUCCUCCUUUACCUUGCACUGUCCAGAGCAAGACUAACACCUUACUUCCUCCCCAACCCCCACCUAUUCCCUCAGCUAAAGGAAAAGGAAGUGGAGGAGUAAAAACAGCCAAGCUAUAUGCCUGGGUAGCACUGCAGUCAUUACCAGAAGAAAUGGUUAUUAGUCCUUGUCUAUUGGACUUUCUUGAAAAGGCUCUGGAAACUAUCCCGAUUACACCAAUAGAAAGGAAUUAUACAGCAGUCAGCUCACAAGAUGAAGACAUGGGACAUUUUGACAUCCCAGAUCCUAUGGAGGAAUCAACAACAUCCCUAGUGUCAUCUUCAACAUCUGCAUACUCUUCCUUCCCUGUGGAUGUCGUGGUUUAUGUGCGAGUUCAGCCGUCACAGAUCAAGUUUAGCUGUUUGCCGGUAUCAAGAGUAGAGUGCAUGCUGAAGCUACCGUCUUUGGACUUGGUGUUUUCUUCAAACCGAGGAGAACUGGAAACUCUGGGGACUACAUACCCUGCAGAGACUUUGUCCCCUGGUAGUAGUGCUCCUCAGAGUGGAGCAAAGACCUCCGCUAGCAAAGGUGGAAUGCCAGGCUCCACAGGACUAGGCAGCCCGCUGGGCCGCAGCAGGCACAGCAGCAGCCAGUCGGAUCUGACUGGCUCCAGCAGUAGCUCGUCUGGCCUGAGCUUCACGGCCUGCAUGUCGGACUUUUCCCUGUACGUGUUCCACCCCUACGGUGCAGGGAAGCAGAAGUCCACCGUUUCGGGUCUCACACCGGGAUCAGGAGGACUAGGGAAUGUAGAUGAAGAACCCACUUCAGUCACAGGUCGGAAAGACUCGCUGAGUAUAAACCUGGAGUUUGUGAAAGUGAGCCUGUCUCGGAUCAGGCGCUCAGGAGGAGCCUCGUUCUCUGAGAGUCAAUCUGUAAGCAAGUCUUCAAGCAAAAUGGACACCACACUAAUCAAUAUAUCUGCUGUUUGUGACAUAGGGUCUGCUUCAUUUAAGUAUGAUAUGCGCCGACUCAGUGAGAUCCUGGCAUUUCCAAGAGCCUGGUAUAGGAGAAGUAUUGCAAGGCGCCUGUUCCUUGGAGACCAAACUGUAAAUUUGCCAACAUCUGGUCCAGGGACUCCUGAUUCCAUUGAAGGAGUGAGCCAGCACCUUUCUCCUGAGUCAUCAAGGAAAGCAUACUGCAGGACCUGGGAUCAGCCAAGCCAGUCAGCCUCCUUCACCCAUAUGCCUCAGUCACCCAAUGUGUUCAAUGAGCACAUGACCAAUAAUACCAUGUCACCAGGGACAGCAGCAGCACAGAGCCUCAAGUCCCCAGCUUCCAUAAGAUCAAGGAGUGUUUCAGACUCCUCAGUUCCUCGAAGAGAUUCAAUUUCAAAAACAUCAACUCCUGUUAACAAAUCAAACAAAGCAGCAAGCCAGCAAGGGACUCCGUGGGAGACACUCGUUGUGUUCGCUAUCAACCUGAAACAACUAAAUGUCCAAAUGAAUAUGAGUAAUGUCAUGGGAAAUACAACUUGGACAACUAGUGGUUUGAAAAGCCAAGGCCGACUUUCUGUAGGAAGUAACCGUGACCGAGAGAUCAGCAUGUCUGUCGGUCUGGGAAGGUCACAGUUAGACUCCAAAGGAGGAGUAGUUGGUGGGACCAUUGAUGUCAAUGCUUUGGAGAUGGUCGCUCAUAUUUCUGAACAUCCAAAUCAGCAACCAAACCACAAAAUACAAAUUACUAUGGGUUCUACUGAAUCUCGGGUUGACUACAUGGGCUCAAGCAUCCUCAUGGGUAUCUUCAGUAACGCUGACCUUAAGCUUCAGGAUGAAUGGAAAGUAAACUUCUAUAACGCCCUGGAUUCAAGCAUGACCGAUAAAAGUGAGAUUUUUGUGCAUGGAGAUUUGAAGUGGGAUAUUUUUCAAGUAAUGAUAUCAAGAUCAACUACACCAGACUUGAUAAAGAUAGGAAUGAAGCUCCAGGAGUUUUUCACGCAGCAGUUUGACACUAGUAAACGAGCUCUGUCGACCUGGGGACCUGUUCCUUACCUGCCACCCAAGACAAUGACUAACAACCUGGAGAAGAAUUCACAAGAACAAUUGCUUGAUGCUGCACACCAUCGACACUGGCCUGGCGUGUUGAAGGUGGUGUCUGGAUGCCACAUCUCCUUAUUUCAGGUUCCAUUACCAGAAGAUGGGAUGCAGUUUGGAGGAUCCAUGAGCUUGCAUGGAAAUCACAUGACCCUGGCUUGUUUUCAUGGUCCAAAUUUUCGUUCAAAGUCCUGGGCCCUUUUUCAUUUAGAAGAACCAAACAUUGCCUUUUGGACUGAAGCUCAGAAAAUCUGGGAAGAUGGCUCUAGCGAUCACUCUACAUACAUUGUUCAAACCUUGGAUUUUCAUCUGGGUCAUAAUACCAUGGUUACCAAACCAUGUGGUGCUCUGGAAAGCCCAAUGGCAACAAUAACCAAGAUAACAAGGCGUCGCCACGAAAACCCACCCCAUGGAGUAGCGAGUGUAAAAGAAUGGUUCAACUAUGUCACUGCCACAAGGAAUGAAGAGCUAAACUUACUUCGUAAUGUUGAUGCUAAUAACUCGGAGAACAGUACUACUGUGAAGAAUUCUAGUUUGUUGAGUGGGUUCCGAGGAGGUUCUAGCUACAACCAUGAAACAGAGACCAUCUUUGCAUUACCCAGGAUGCAGCUAGAAUUUAAAUCAAUUCAUGUUCAAGAACCCCAGGAGCCUUCAUUACAAGAUGCCAACGUGAAACCCAAGGUGGAGUGUAGUGUGGUGACAGAGUUCACGGACCACAUCUGUGUGACGAUGGAUGCUGAGCUCAUCAUGUUUCUCCAUGAUCUAGUGUCAGCAUAUCUGAAAGAAAAGGAAAAGGCCAUUUUUCCACCUCGGAUUUUAUCCACUCGACCAGGACAAAAGUGUCCAGUUAUUAUACACGAUGACAAUUCCUCUGACAGAGACAGAGAAGAUGGCAUCACUUACACCACUGUGGACUGGCGAGACUUUAUGUGCAACACAUGGCAUCUGGAGCCUACUCUUAGAUUAAUUUCUUGGACUGGAAGAAAGAUUGAUCCAGUAGGUGUUGAUUACAUUCUUCAAAAAUUGGGCUUUCACCAUGCCAGGACUACUAUUCCCAAAUGGCUUCAGAGAGGAGUGAUGGACCCACUGGAUAAGGUGCUAUCCGUUCUCAUCAAAAAACUCGGGACUGCCCUGCAGGAUGAGAAGGAGAAGAAAGGAAAAGACAAAGAAGAACACUAGAAUAAUAACUCCAUCUGUGAAGUACCUGACUCUGUCCGUUAAGUUCUGACUCUGCAAUUUUUUCAGCAUAACUUUAAAUGGUACUUCAAAAUAAUUCUAAUUUUGUGGCCAUUAUUGAAACAGUUUGUAAGUUAAUCUGUUUAUUCUAGCUCUACCAUUCUGCAUACAGUAAAGUAUUGCAUGAAAUGUACAUUUUGUAGAAAAACUAAAUUAAAAGAUAUACAUCUGCUCAUUAAAGUUUAUGAUUGUUUUAUGUGCAAUAUGAUUGCUGCAUUUAAAGUAUUUGCAGAGUAACUGUGAAUUUUUUUCUCCUUGGCCAUAACUUUUAGAGAAAAAUCUUGUUGAUAAUGUGAUUGGGGGUCUUUUUUUAUGUAGACUUGUAUAAAGAUCUAUUUGUAUAUAAUUUGAGUAAUUGUGAUGAUUGUAUACCACAAAACUAUUGUUUGUAACUAUUGUAAUAAAGUCACAGUAAUGGCUUCAGUCCA